AUGGCAUUGGCCGCCGGAAGCCCAAUGCGCGACAUUUUCAGUCAUGGUCUUAUACCCGGCCAUGCACAGUCGUUCCCCCCACUUCCCGUCACCUCCUUCAUCAUGUUCAAGUCUACCUUUCCGUACGAGAUAUGGUUGAAUAUCGCCCAUUUCAUACCCCCGCUCGUCCUUGAGGACCUCUUCAGCGUCAACAGCGCGUUAUUUCACCUUGCGAUGGAGCAGAGAUACAGGCAGAUCAGUUUUGCGUAUUUGAGCAGGAAGAUGCUGAGGCUACUGGUACGACUCAAAGAUCCCGCCGUUGCCAAACGCGUCCGAAUACUCCAUAUGCAUCCACACUUCGUCAACGAAGACUUUGACACGCCGGCUUCGUCGCUUUUCUCGUUUAGAAAGUUUUUCGGACGGAAAUCACGGCCACCACGCAUCAAGAAUCUCGAUGAUUUGAUAUCAAUCAUGGAUGACGUUCUGAACAGUCUGCCCAACUUGACAGAGUAUCACAUUGCAUGGGUCGGGCUACAGAGCGCGCCUGCCCCAUUUCUAUGCACCCCAUUUCGUUCUUCACCACUGACGAAGCUUACCCUUGAAAUCACCCUGGAGAACCUGCAGACUUUGCUCAAGUCACAACCCUCAUUUUUCGGUACCCUACGCGAGCUGGAUCUCUUCUUGCGUACAGACCACGCACUCGAUGUGGCAGGCUAUGACAUGAUCUUGUCACGUACCCUAGCACCAAUGAUCAACAGCCUCUCUCUACAGACGCUCUCCCUCCGCCUGUGGGAACCCAUUGAUAUGUCGCCUUUCUUCGCCGCCCUAUACCCUCAAUCCAACCUCCACACCCUCUCCCUAAGUAUACCCCUCACGUUUCCUCAUCUAGGCAAUCCAGAUGGCGUUGCCGCUUUCCUCAACAUGCACAGCCGUACCCUCCGCAACCUCUCCCUACGCGCGACCGACUUGAGCUCCCCCAUCCCCAUUGUCGAUGACUCCCUCUCUCAAUGGAUGCAGCGUGCCUUUUAUGCUGUGAAUCUCUCCUCGCUUUUCUCUCUCGAGCUGGGGAUGGGUAGUAUACCCUAUGAGAGCGCGCAACUCUGCAUUAGCAGGGCCCCUCGGACUCUUGCAAACCUUGUUAUGACCGGACGGCAUCUCUCCUUGGACGAGAUGCGUGGAUUGCGAAUACCCCGGCUAUGCCGCCUUCGUAUGGGUCCUGUUACGCUCAGCCCGCAGUUGAUGGACUACCUAGCUGCGCGCGUGGUGGUGCAGAGAUUGGAGUUGGUGGUUAGUGAUGUGGUUCCGCGGGAUGGGGAGGAGCCGAUAUAUGAGGAUAGGGAGCAGGAAGAGAGUCAGGUAUGCAAGUUUUUCGAGGAGAUGGAUGGGAGGAGGUAUGAGGGCUGGGGCGUGAGGCAUUUGGAGGUUGCGAGGAAUGCGGUGCCGUGGAGGAGGCGUUAUGAGGACGGUUUUAGUGACCUUUGGAGCAGAUGCGUCCCUUCUUUGAGGGAGGUGGCAGUCUAGUUAAUCUCCUCUGCUAGUAUGUUAAUGACCACUAUACCUCUGCAAUAACUGCAGAGGUAUCAUGUAUUUUGCCGUGUAAGACGGUAUCUCGGCAUUGAAUGCGUUUUUGUGUCUGCCGGUGUACCGAGGCAGCUGCCGCAUGCUGUGUCAUUGACUGUAGUUUCAUUCCCACGUCUUUUUAUAUCUAGAUAGAUACAUAUCUCAGUAUUAUAUGUACAACUUUUCUAUGAGAUUCAAUAGAG